AUGUGCAGCGCGGCUACCAUCGCGCCCAAUGGGCGCGACGGUGAACAGGCAGAUGUGCGGCGCGGCUACCAUCGCGCCCAAUGGGCGCGAUGGUCAACAGGCGGAUGUGCAGCGCGGCUACCAUCGCGCCCAAUGGGCGCGACGGUCAACAGGCGGAUGUGCGGUGUGGCUACCAUCGCGCCCAAUGGGCGCGACGGUAAACAGGCGGAUGUGCGGCGCGGCUACCAUCGCGCCCAAUGGGCGCGACGGUCAACAGGCAGACGUGUGAGGCGGCUACCAUCGUGCCCAAUGGGCGCGACGGUCAACAGGCAGAUGUGCGGCGCGGCUACCAUCGCGCCCAAUGGGCGCGACGGUCAACAGGCGGAUGUGCAGCGCGGCUACCAUCGCGCCCAAUGGGCGCGACGGUGA